AUGAGUGAAGACGACGCUGAGUUUCAGCUUGCUCUCGAAUUGUCGAGGUAUAGAAACAUAACUGAUUUCUUUAAAGAUAAUAAGAAAUUACAAUAUUACCAGUUUUUCAUGUUCAUUUUAUUGACCGUAACAUUGGAACUUCCUACAAAAAGUUUUACGCAUUGGCAAUGAAACCUUAGUGGAAUGAAAUUGGAAAAAAGACAGCUGAUUGCUUGUUGUUAUCCUAGGUCGCGAACAGUUGUCACUCCAGGAAAAUGAGAAAAAAAAACCUUUUGCACUGAUUUCUUGCUAUCGUGCUUUUUGCGACUUACAAAUCAAUAAGUGAAACAUUUAGAAAGACGUUUGCGGAGGAGGAACAAAGACGAACUUUGGCUCAGAACGAUGGAGAUCUAAUUCGCUUUGAGUCUCCAGAUGAUCCACAAAGAAGAGCUCACAUUAAUCAGAUAAAACGGCUUUACAGCCAGAACAGCUUCGAUCAAUCACCCAGGUUUUUUUUAUGGUUUUAGUAAUUUAUCAACAUUAAGCUUAUUAUGACUAUUUUGAGCUUAAUCUAUCUCAAAACGUUUUCUGGAAGUUCAAUAUCAAACUUCAAGGUGAUCAUGUCGAAAUUUAUACAGUUUAUUCUUGUGAAAACCUUGUCUUGAAAAACAUUUUUUUCAUCGUCACUAAAUUUUCAAUUAAUGCAUUCCAAACAAAUUUGCCCCGGUAUUCCCAACACUUCUAGUUUCAGUUUUGUCACCGGAUCAGUACCGAUAGGCUGGCGAACAACUUCUUUCGAUCACACGCCGACAUCGCCGUCGCUACCUCAGCCACGAUUCCACUUCGGAAGUUCCACGUCGACGUCACACUUUCCUCAACCAACUACGCCAAUCGCCCAUUCUUUCUCGACUCCGUUUCUUUUUUCUGGAGUUCAAAGGACUUUGUCCCCGCCACCACCGUCAUUGGCGCCGCCGCCACGGCCUCCAAAACCACCCAGUCUUCGGAGAUCUGCUUUUCCCGACUUUCCAAGUUAGUUUUAUAUUUAAAUUAUAAACAUAAAAAUGCGUACCUACUAAAACUUUUUAAAACCAACAAAAUUCUUUCAAAACGAAAAAAAGCACUGUUUGGAAGCAAAUUCGUGGCGUCAGGGAAUGCUUUUUUUGUUUUUGAUAGAAGUUUCGUUUCUCAGUUGAUUAUGUGGUUAUUCAGGAAUCCAGAGAAUAUGAAAAUACUAUGCUUUUUUUUUGGUGAAGAGCCUAAAAUUUUAUUUUUGCAUUUCACAGCUUGAUCAAGUUCCAUGCACAGCUUUGCAAUCAGUUUUCCAUUAGAAAUGAGAUAUUUACCAAAUUUCUGAAAUUCAGGAGCUUAUGAGAAAAACCCUCAUUUUUUCAAAAUUAAAAAAUCAGCCCUUGAAUUUGAACGAAAAAGCAGAAUUAACAGGUACGUUCAGGUUUGAGAGAUCCACCGCCAACUUUGCCGCCACGGUCAAACCGUCCGCCCUCCACCCACUUCAACAAUUCCACGCUAACACAGCCGCACUUUUCUCUCGACAGCAACUUUUUUGUUUCUCGUAAGCUUUCAUUUGUUUUCAGGAAAAACGUCAUAGUGUUUUUAAAAAAAGAAAUCGAAUAAUUUUUUCAUUAAAUUUCCAAACAUCCAACUUAAUUUUUUCAUUAAAUUUCCAAACAUCCAACUUUUAGAAAACUUGUACAAGAGCAUAAUCGUUAUUCUCUACUCACACACUGCUUUUUGCAUGUCAUUCUUCCAUGAUUCACUUCGAAAAAAUUGAUUAACUCUAAAAAAUAACACAAAAAAACGGAAUAAUGCCUCAAAAACAAUAUUUAUGGCCAAGGCUCGAAACGUUACCUUUUUUGUUAAGAUUUCACUAAUUCAGUUUCAUUCUUUAUGUCAAAAUUUCAGAAUAAUUAGGUUAUCUUCUACAUGAAAUUGUCACAAGCAGCAUAUUAUUUUUCUUUUUUGAAUGCGGAAUGUUCAGCGAUAAGGCCGGCCCACCACAGCUUCCAACCGUACAACGACAGUGCAAAUGAUUCAACGUUUGUUUCAUUUUUUGAUACUUUUCGGCAUUCUCUACAUUUCAGGUCGCCUUACCAGCCAAUUACACACUUGUAUGUACCGUAUACAAUGACCAACCUCAAUGAAUCCUACGAAGCGUUGCUUCAUGGAGACCUCAUUGAUCUGAGUGCGACCGAGUCGGAAGGCAGCGAGAUGCCUUCAAUUGAUCAAGUUUGUUCAUUUUCCAAAUUUUAAGUAACUGAAGACUACAACAACUUUUCAUUCUGCAAGAAAAAAAACGGUUUUUGAUCUCUUUUUGGAUUUUUUCUGAAUAUCGUGGCUGACUGUGAAGCUCUGUGGGAUCAUAUCGAGCUGUUCUUUAAAUUGUAUAAGUUUUUCAAUGAUGAAAAAUAUAUUGACGAAAAAUAAUGACCAGGGAAAGCAUGUGAAGGAUAUUUAAAAGAGAAUACUCAAUAAAAAAAGGUUAAGUUACUAAAAAAAUUAGUUUCUAUCGCACUUUUCAAUCAACUAGCUGGAAACUCUGAGAGUUCCAAAAUACACAUCUUCCCAUUCUCACAAAGGUUUCAAAGUAACUGAAUUGCCUUUCCAGCUCACGCACAUUUCCGUUCUUCAAACUUGAAAUAAUUAUCAUUGAAACUACAACUUUUGGAGGUUAAAAUUUCCAAGGGUCAUCAACGUGUUCAGCAAGUAGUUUUGAAAUGUCCAAAGCCGAAAUUGAGUGAAAAAGAAUCACUUGAAAUAACUCUUGUUUUUACUUUUUUUUUGAACGAGUUUUUUUGAACUGUUUUUUUCAUUUUCUUUUUUUGCUGGUUUUUUUCAUUCUUGCCAAUAUUUCCGCUUUUAAUUUGUUUCCUUUCUCAGCAUCAAAAAAAUAAUUUAUUAUUCCAAUCAAAGAUUGCUUCUUAAACCCUAUUUAUUAAUUUUCCAAAUUUUUUUGUGUCACUCUCAUCAAUUUUUUUUAAUACAACUGAAUUUUUUUCAACGGUCAAACCAUUGCAGUUAGGACAUGAAAACUGUUGAUUUUUGGUUGUAAAAUAAUAACGAAAGUUUUGCAACACAAUUGCAUUGAUUUUUCUUCUUUUUUUCAAAUUUUGAUAAUUUUUUUGAAAAAAAUAAAGAGUUUGAUCAUCCGCGGAAAAAAACUAAAAAAUUCGUAUUGUAUAAAAACACUGAAAAUUUUGCUCAAUUUUUCCGCGUGUUUUUUUGCGCUAAAGGAAAUAACUCAGUUACGUGGUUGAAUUAUUCCGUUUGCAUCAGUUUAGUAGCUAUUUUGAAUUUCUUUUAUUUUCUGUUUUUUUUUUCCUGAUGAGCAUUUAUGUUGCCUGUUUUCUAUUAUGAAAAUCAAUAUUUGUUGUCGAGAAAUGUUGUGAUCGCAACUUUGAUAGAAGUUCUUUUUCCCCUAAUUUUGCACACAAAAGAGCCAAGAAAAACCAAACCUCAAAACGUUUCGAUUUGCUUGUUUACAGAUUGCCACAAUAAAACUGUUCGAAAAAGGCUUGAUGGUUUGUUGAGGCAAUAACAACUGAUAAGUAGCUUUUGUGCGCAUAAUUUCUUCUUUCGCCGUUUUUUUUUUCUUAAAAUAAUUCGAUCCACUUCGUCAAAUCGUUCGAUUUCUCGAGUAAUUCUCCUGCAAAACCCGAAACCGGUUAUAAUGAGAACUAACUGUUGAAUUGGGAAGAACCCCCAACCUUCAAAUAGCUGAGUUGUUGAAAGAUCCUCGCAGAUUUUUCCUCAAAAAGAAUUAUCAGAGUUGCAUUGUGCUGAGUUUCGAUAAGAAAUUGCCUCGUUGGUAUACCCAAGUUAGGUCUUCCGUUUCUAUGCCUUUUGAUAUGACAAAACCGCAAUGCAUCGGGCUAUUAUGAGCAAUUUCAGAAAACUAAAAUUCAUCCGAAUUUUUUUUUUAUAAGAUUCGUACUCUCAAUAAUUCCUCAUAAGAAGAUUUCCGUUCUUUGCAUUUUAUUCCUUUUUAACAAAUGAUAAAUGAAUUAUUUUUUUGUUCGUUUCUUCAUCAAGAUAGUGAACGGUUAAAGCGAUGUGAAGGAUACAGGGACAAAAAUUGACGAGAACGCUAAUCAACGGGUCGCGGAAGUUCUUUUUCUCCGGUCGCUGCCGAAAUUUGAAACUUUCCACCCUUGUGAGACCUUUCACCGCUCUUUUCUGUGUCUUAUCAUUGUUCCCUGAAUGCGUCGCUCAUGAGGUGUCAUGAUUGUCUUCAGAAUCCCAGCCGUUACAAAAAUUUCAUACGGUGAGCACUCGGAAAUGACUAAUCUGUUUUAUUCUCGUUUUCACGCUUUUUAUAAUUUCAAAACCCUUUAGAAAAGUCUUUUUGGUGGAGAAAAACCAUUUUCUAUGAUUGUAAGUAAUUUUGAUUUUCAGCUGAAAAGUUAAAUAACAAACUUUUUAUGGUAAUAUAAAAAUCAGCUUUCUUUGUGGACUGAAGAACUGUUUUUCGUUUGGCUUUAUGGAAAAAAUGGCAUUUAUUUUUCAGAUACGGCGCGAAUUCGAUCCUCUCUAUCGCCCUUCAGUUGUUGAUGACCGCAUUUUGAACUUCAAAUUAAAUCCAUCCGAAGGAUUCAAUCAUGGUAAUUAUAAUCGGACGCAGGGCCCACUAAUUUCUUGAUUUUACAGCUCCAUCUCCCACGGAUUUGCCUCCGCCGCCCUUGCCUCCUCGACAGUCGCAAAUAAUCGAAAGCACAAAGCCAGUAGUAGAAGAUCGUGAAAUCUCUUUGAACGAUUUCAAAUUAGGAGAAUGCAAGAAUCCCAUCGACAUGCAGGUCAUUUCACGUUUUCUAGUUCAAUUUAAUUAGAUUAUGUAUUUUGGUAGCUGAUUGAGAAUUGACUGAAAUUUAAUUAGAAAAUCUUGAAUCUUGAAUGUUUUAGAUGCUAAAAUCAAUUUUCCAUUUAAAUUUACAAAAAACUUUCAAAGUUUUAUCGACUUUUCAACUAAUUGAAGAAAAAUUUUUUAGCCAUUGCAUUUGCCACGUGUACCAGUUUGUUUCUUUUUUAUUCACUAGCGCUUUUUGGAAAAAAAAAGAAUAUUAUUUACUGAAAGGAAAUUCAACGCAAAAUCGGGAUAGAAAAACAUUUUUUUAACUUAAGCUAAAUACGUUAGUUAUUACAUUACAGGUAGAAAAGCUGAAAGUUGGCGAGUUCAUUAAAAAAGACAAAAUGUCGGAGUUUUUCAUCGCUCAGACUGUUGAUUACAUGACGACAAGCGCUAAUAGCGUGAAAGUCGUUAUUCAAAAGGAACACAGGUUUUUGAUCUAUGAUAAACAAUGUGAGAAAGCUUUUUAAGAUUUCCAAGAUCUGAUAAGAAAGAAAAGGCGAUGGUUUGUGAAAUCGAUGGGACUAUUGAAGAAAUAACUCUGGCCGCUCUUUACGAGUUUCUGGACGAGGAAAAAGCCGCCAAAGUGAAUGUUGAAGACUACGGGCUAAAGGUGCGUAAUGGAUUACCUUUUGUUUACUUUUUUGAAAUCUCCAUUGAUUUAAUUCGUAUUAAAUUACAUACAUCUCAAAUCGGGAAACAAAAUUUUGGAUUGGAAAUAAAUCGUGUAAAAAGUUGUUUUACGCCAAGGAGUUGUUCAAAAACAAGAGAAUUUUUUUUAUGUACCAAUAAAGAACCUAGAUGUAUGGACCUCAAAAAGCGUAUUUUCCUGUAGCCCUUUCAUUUUUAUUUUGAAAAAGCUAGGGACUCAUGGAACUUUUUAGAAUUUUGAGAGAACAUUUCUAAAGGGCCGACUUGCUGAAAAAUUUUUUUUUCAGAAGGCAAAUCAGAAGUUCUUUUUCCUUUUUUAAUUAACAUUUUUACUCGGUGCAUCAAAGACUUGUCUUGCAACCUUUUUUGGAAUUUUGUGAACCUUAAGUGAUUAUUCAUCUUUUUGGAAAUUGAAAGAAUGUUUUGGAAUGUGAUUCCGAUGGUUUUUUUUUUUGCAAAAACUGAUACCUGGCUGUAAAUUGAUGAAAAUUAAUAAACGUCCGUAAACUUGAUGAAUUUCCUACAACUCCCUCUGAAAAAAUGUUGAACUAUGUGAUUUGUGUAAAACUGGAGCCACUCGUUCGCGAUCACAAAUGUCACCCAUAAAUGACGCGAACUUUGCAAAACACACGGGUUGAUCCAUUAAUUGUCGUCUUAAGUCUGUUUUGCGAGCUCGAAUGACGCGUCAUUCGUAUUUUGAAACAUUGCUAGCAAACUUACAACUUUUUUAGAUCGUUGGCUUGAAUCAGUUUCUCGCAAGGUAUAGUACCCUUGGCCAGAAUCUGUACACCGGUCAUUGUUUGCUGCACGGCGAAGACGUCAAACUGGAGGUAAGAUAUUCCAGUUCCCUCAAAUUUUCAAGAGGAUUGUCAGCUGGCUUAUCUCGAACCUGAACAUCGAGUCUACGAUUCUCACAAUCCAACGUGGGAACAAAUGAAGUAAGUUCGAAGUUUAAGUAGUUUCACUUUUUUUAUAAAAAUUUAAAAAAAGUGACAAAAAGUGUCACAUUAAAUCACAAAAAAAAAAUUCAACUCAAUUUAAUUUUUCUUUGAUAAAGUUUUUGAUGGAAUUUUUUAGAAGCCUUCUAAGAUAUUCCGCGAUAAUUGACAAGGAAGAUGUGGAAAACUUUUUGGCUCACCUUACUACCGAAAUGUCGUCGUACGAAUCAGCUUUUCUUGAAAAUUCCACUUUGGAAAGUGAGUUUAAUUUCUUUUGUUUUCACAUUGAAACUAUCUGGCCUGUCUGCUUCUCCUCCUUCUACAUUUUCCACGUUCUAAACAGAAAAAACAAUUGCCGAUUUUUAGCCAUUGACGUAUUUAAUUUAAUUUUCAGUUUCGAAAGCCUCGGGUCGAGUGAAACAGGUCGUUUCCCUCAUUUGUAAGCUUCUCAGUGGAAUCGUUCCUGACAAGCUCUACACUUUUUUGCACAAAUAUCUCUCUAACAUGGACUAUGUUUGAAAGUCAUUUCUUGAAACACUUUCUGAAAUCGUUUCAGGAUCAACUCAUGAAAAGUCGGAACGCAUUUUUGUUGGAGCUGAGAAGUUUCAUCGAAAUAUAUUGUCGCUGUACAACUAGCAGCUACCGGCUACCUUCUCUCAAUGUAAACACAUAUCCUUAAAGCAUAGUUCAGAAAUUCAAUUUUUCAGAAAAAACCAAAGCCAGUGGAAGACGUCGUGGAGCAGAGAGAUUAUUUGAAAAUUAUGGCAAACUCAAUACAUUCCAUUCCGGAGGAAUGGAUAGGGUUUGCAGUCAAGACGGGAUCUUUUCUAUUUUUCGUUUCAGAGAAUAUCAAGAAUUUUAUAUUUCAUUGGAUUUGUACUAUGGAACGCAGGUGCUGGACGGGUACAGUAGCAAAGUCGCCAGAGCAGUUAGAAAUGACCAGUUCUUCCCAAGGAUUCAACUCGAUCUCUAUGUUCCUGAAAAUUAAUUUCAAUCGAAGUAAGAAAAUAAUUUAGGCCGAGUUCCGACGAAUGGAGUUGUGCAUCUACCCCAGAGAAACAAGGAUCGUUUUUUCCCUCUCUGCAUUGAUGAGCACCGCCGCUGAUGAUCAUGGACAGACCAUUUCGAAGCUCCUCGCUUAUGUUUCAGUUCCUCUUUACGAUGAGAACUUGUGAGUUCCUAUUUGUUAUUUUUUCAAAAUCGAGAACUAAGGAAGAAAAAAAAUAUUAGCUCACAAGCCCAAAAACUGAAUUCGAUAUAUUUAAUCUUGACUUCACCGUUAACUGGCCCAAGGAAUUUCUGAAAAGGCGGUUCUAAAUGAAGUAUAAUAUUUUUUUCUUUUGGUUUUUGAUACUCUCUUAAUAUCCAUCCUUCAAAAUUACUGCCAAACAUAGUCCAAAGACGCAUGAAAAAAUAAUUCACGCAUUUUCACUUUCCUUCUUCGCUCACGGAACUUUUUGAGAGAAAAUUUCUCGAAAAACUGCCAUCUAAUGAAAGAAACCACGCACAAACUCCAUGAGAUACAAAAGAAAUACGUAUUAAAAUUUACAGAUUGAUGAGACAAGGCCCAAUAUUUCUGCCUUUAACAAGACUGAAGCGAGAGCCAGUUGUAAAGCCGUUUGGACCUUAUCCGUACAUCAAGGACGUCCGAGACCCCGUUCUCAUCAUGAGCUUCAAAAUCUGGAACAAGGAGCUCCAUUUCCCUUCUGUAACGCCUGAGAUGCAAAUGUUCGCAUUGUUCCAAAAACUUGUCUUAUUUUAUAUUUUAGCAUUCCCCAAGAUAUCACAAUGCUUGACGAAGAAACGAGAGAGUAUUUGCUUGAAAUGGUUGACAAAGAAGAUCCCACAAGGUUUCGGAACAUUUUUGCCAUUCUCCAUAUUUCUACUCGUUUUCAGACUUGUGCAAGACGAUCAGGAGAUAUUCUGGCAGAAACGGAUGUAUCUGGUGGGAAUACCGGAAGCGUUGCCGUUGGUGAGGAGCUUGUUUGAAUAUUCAAAUACGGCUUUCUUUUUCCUCAGGUUCUCUCUUCUUUGUCCGACUGGAGUUAUACAUUUUUGGUGCAAGUGCACCAGCUUUUGGAUGUUUGGGCCCCGCUUCGGCCUGAAACAGCCCUCCAGUUGCUGCUCCCCCAGUGAGUUUUACAAAUCAGAAAAAGUUCUUCUGAGGUUCAUUUUUUUUUUUUGAGAGAUCCAGAAGUUUCAAAGUUUAGGGCAUAAGCAGGAAUAAUAUAUUUCUUUGGUCGCUAUGGGCUUAACGAAAUUUAUUAUUUUUGUUAUUUUAAAAAGCGUCACUCAAUAUUUUUUUUGUUUUCAUGGAACCAAAGCUCAAAAAAACCUGCAAAAAAAUUUGUGAAACUCUAGUAGUGAAAAAAAGAUCAAAAAAAUCAAAAAAAUGUUUCAAAAUUUCACAACCCACAACUUUUUUUAUGUUCCCAAAGAAAUUCCAAUGUUAAAUGUGAUUUGAACAAAGUUAUUAACCUAUACUUUUCUUUGAGCAAAAAGUUCAAUAAUCUGCAAAUUGGAAAACUCGCAUUCUAAAUUGCUCGCUCAUCCUUGCUAGCCAGGAAAUGAAUGUCUAGGUACCCGGACGAGCACGUGCGAUCUCGGGCGGUGAAGUGGCUGUCGUCGGCGUCUUCGGAAUUCCUCUUUCAUUCUAUCCCGCAACUCAUUGAAGCUCUUCGCUUCGAGCUUUACGACAACUCGGCCCUUGCCAAUUUCAUCGUAGACCUUGCCUCUGUCAAUUUGGACUACACGUUUGAAGUUUAUUGGUGAGAAUUUAACCAAUUUUUUUAUACAGAGAUUUGUUUUAAGGCAAUUGCAACAGCGAAUAGAUCAUUCUGCCAUUGAUGACUUGCCUUAUGCUGUGAGAUGUCAGAAUCUACAGCAGAAAAUCGUCAAUGAACAUGAUUUCAUCAACUUGAGGCAAAUGAAUAGCUUCAGGGAUAAAAUUCGAAAAGUCGGUUUCAGAAAAGAUCUGAAACUUCAACACGACCUUCUCUCCGAUCUGGACCGCAUUCAAGACGAAUUGCGGUCCAGACCUCAAGACUCUGAACAAGAAAAGGUUUUCUACUUCUAUAGGACUUCUCCGGGCGCAUGUAGAGCUCUCAAAACUUUAGUCGUGUUUUUGAAGAUGACAAUUUAUUUCUUAUCUCAAUAGCGUGAAAGUUAUUUACUGCGCAGAGGCAUCUAAAAAGUGACCGUAUCCAUUCUCCGUGCGUCCAAUAUUUUUGAACCUUUCUUUAUCGAUAAUUUUCAGAUUCAUAGAUUGAGAUUACGGCUUGGAGUCCUUGAUGCAAAACUGUUACAAUGCAAAGUGAGAUUCAGAAGAAGUUCAGAUUAUAAUAUUUUUCAAAUUUUUUUUAAAGAUGCGCCUUCCAAUCGCACCAUCUUUUGACUGUACGGGUGUAUGGGUCGAAGAAUGCAGCAUUUUCAAUUCCAACGCAAAACCCUUGAAAAUAGUUUUCCGUGGAAUGAAUCGAAGUUAUUCAAUCAUCCACAAGGUGAGAUUAUCUAGACUUGCAGACCUUUUUCUAAAAAAAAUAAAACUUCAAGAGGGACGACGACAUGAGACAAGAUGCUUUUGUAAUGAAAAUGGUCAACGAAAUGGAUCGAAUUUGGAAGUCCAACGGCCUGGACCUCUGUAUUAUAACGUUCCGAGUGAUGCCCGUGGGCUAUAGAAAAGGUUUGGAAAAACUGAAAGAAAAGAAAUAAAAAAAUGCGCAGGAAUGGGAGAACUCGUGCUCAACUGUGCAACUUUGCUUGAAAUCCAAAAAGAAGAUGGACUGCGCGGCGUUUUGAAAGACGAGAUUUUGCAACAAUGGCUGCAGAAACACAACAACAGCGAGUACACCUACGGAAAGGUUUUGAUCGGGAAAACAAAUUUGUUUUUUUUUCUUGCUCAAAACGAGUACAAUUUAAAAAAACAAGUACUCAGAGAAAGGAAUCAGAUCAUGAAUGCUUGAAAUUUUGAUAGAAAACGAAGUUUCUGCAGGCCCUUGACAACUUCAUCCGGUCGUGUGCCGGUUGGUGUGUUGUGACUUAUGUGUUGGGAAUUGGAGAUCGUCACAACGAUAAUAUUCUUUUCACCAAGAAUGGACACGUCUUCCACAUUGACUUCGGCAAGUACAUGGGUGACUGGCAGAUGGCAGCUGGCUUCAGAAGGUAUUGAUCUUGCAAGAAUAAGGAUGUUAUCUGAAAUCAGACUUUUUUGAAACAAUAAGUCAAAAAACCCGAUGAACUGAGUUAACAGCAUAAAAAUGGAUUUUUUAGAUGUCUUUCGUUUUUUACAUCUGAAAAGAGCGUUCUCAUUUCUUUUCCACAAACUGAAGAAAAGAUUUCAGAAUUUUAGAAAUAAGGAAUUAUUAGCUUGAAGUGCUCAAACCCUUUAUCAAGUGCAGACCAGUAGUUUAUAAAUAAUCUGAAGUUCCGACUAAAACUAUCUCAUUUGACAGUUAUUCUUACGAUUCAACAAAAUAAGAAUAAAUUUAUAGAGACCGAGUUCCUUUCGUUUUCACAACUGAGAUGUACUACGUGAUCAAUGGCGGAAGAACUCAAACUCAAAGCUAUCAGAAGUUCAUUGACUACUGUUGCGUGGCCCUGAAACAUCUGCGAAGAAAUCGCACAACUUUGGCCAACCUUCUGAGAAUUGUGAGCAGUUUCCAAAGUUGCAAUAUAUUCUGAUGAUGUCAGAUGGGUUGUUCUGACAUUGCCGGCAUAAAUUUGGAUUCGAUCGCCUUCGUGGACAAAAAUUUAAUGUUGGACUUGUCGGAUACAGAUGCCACGGCACAGUUCACAGAGCUCAUCCAGGUUUCAACUUUUUUCAGAAAAUGGAAGUUCAGAUUAUAAAAGGAAAUCUUUAGAAAAACUAUGUCCACUUGGAAUCAAGAAAGUUGAUUUUCCGCAUCUUCAAGAAAAAUGAAGGCGGUAAAAAUGUUGAAAUAUCAAUUUCACAAUUGUUUGAGAAAUUUUCAAAGUCUCUGCAAAAGUUUACGCUUUGGCUAGUACAAAAUUAAAAGUUUCCGAUGGCUGGAAAGUUUUUGGAAAAUCUAUACAAACUGCAAUCCGCGCAUUUUGCAUAUUGAAAAGUUUAUUUAGAACUCGCUGAAGUCAACUUUUGUUCGACUAAACUUUGUGGCUCACACAUUUGCUCAGUUCAUGUCAUCCAGUAGUAGCUUCUCCAAACGCGACGAAGACAAAUUGAGUAUUGCUCCUGAACUUUACAGGUUUGGCUCACCAUAAUACUUUUUCCUCAUUUUAUAUUUCUAGUGAAAAAACCGAUGGCCGCAUCAAAGACGUUGUUGUUUUGUCUUUUGAGAAAAGGUUUCUCCCAAACAAGAUUUAUGUAAGUUUAUUUGUGUAUUUUUGCUAUGCGAUGUUUAUUUUCCAGCUGUAUAAAAUCGAAGUUCGACGGGAAAAACUUGGCUGUGUCGUCUUAUGUUUAUCGGUCGUUUGCCGAGUUUGACGAGCUUUAUUCCAAGUUGAGAAGAAGGUUUGUGUUUAUUAUUACAAGUAUCUCAAAGCUAAAUGAAAAAAAGUUUGAGAAAAAUCAUAAGUUUCCAUCCUGUUUUUUUGAGAGAAAAAAACCAAUAAUAAUUUAAUCCAUUCACAUUUAGUGUGGAACACUUUCAGCGGACUCGUUUGCAAAACUAAGCAUUUUAGACGCUUCUGCGGAUUUUUUAUCACAAUUUUAACAGAAUAAGUUUUACCGGUUCCAAACAAUAAUUCACUCUAGCUGCUCCUUUAUUUUACAAAAAAAAAGCUUCUUACAACUUUCAGGUUUCCAAACGUGAUUUUCUCACUUGGAUCUGGUACCAACAUGAGAUCGAACGUGAGAGAAGUUGCUCAGAAGCGCAUGAUAGACGUCCAAAUGUUUCUACGUUACCUUUUCAGUUUGUCGCCUGAAAUUAGCCAUGUAAGCCUUUUUCUCUGUGAAGCCCUUUUAAGACUCAGAAUCUCACUUUGUUUAGAGCAGACAAAAAGUAGACUUAGGGAACAUUCUUGGUCGUUUAUGUGUUGAAUUGCUUAUUAUUGGUAAUCCUUUCCACAUGACCGAGCCGGCCAAGACUUCCUUCUUGUCAUUAUUUUUUUUCCAGUGCGACUUGGUUUAUACGUUUUUCCACUCGAUUCUCAGAGACAACAAGUGCGACAAUUACCAAGGUUUGCUAAAUUUUUUAUACUCGCUGCUCACGAAGACGCAAUGCCUUGCGGUUGCAAAACGACUAGAAUCUUCAGAACAUCUAAUUUUCCCGACAUCAAGCUGUUUGCGCGCAGUAGACUCACAUAGCAAGAAAAGUCCGCCUAAUGUCAGCUUUGGGAUGACUGUCAACUGUGUAAAUAUAUAAUCAGAUUUUUUCGUUUCGACUGGUUGAAAGUUGGAAUAAACUGGUUGUAUCUUUUUUGAGGUAGCCUUACCUUAGUUUGAGGUGGCCCUACCUUAAUUAAUAAAAAGAAAUUCCUUGGGCAAAAUAUAAAACCUAGAGUUUGUUUUUCGUAGCGUCUUCAUGAUACAAAGCUUGACGAAAAACCCAUGUAAAAAUAUUAUUCCUGACUCAGGACUUCUGAGUAAACUUUUCCGAAUUUUCAUAAAGUUUUAUACAAGUUACGGAAAACGCUUCCUUUUUUCAAGAGAAGUCUGAAGCAGGACAGCUCAUAUGAGGUGAAUGAACUUAAGCAUGUGAGAAAGAACUUGGCGCCAAGAAUAUGAGAGUUUGCACUUGACGUGUACUGCCGAGAUUAUUCUGCCGAGGUUCAAGUGGGCGGGCAGAACUCAUUAGAGCGCUUGAUUACAUUUACAUACAAAUUCACGGACCCACAUACUUCCUUUGCGCCUUUGUCCAGUUUCCUCGCGCAAAACAAUUUGCGGUUUUUUUUUUUGGCCGUUCACUCACACGUGCACUGAGUUGCAGAUUUUGACGAUAUGGGCGCCAGCAAUCAUUGCCAGGUUUUCCUCCGCGUUCAAUACAAUGGCGCUCGCGAAGUUCUCAGCAUCUUUGUCGGUGAGUUUUCUUUGCCUUUGAAUCCAAAACUUGAUCUAAAAUUUAAUUUUUCUUUGUGGAGAAUUUGAACUUCAUGGAUCGUCAUUUUUGCUUUUCAGAGUCAUUCGAAAAUUUGAAUAUUCUUACGUUGGCAAAAAUUUGUAAUAUUCACGGCUGAGAUCUAUUGAAUAUUAUUCCCACGCCCAAUCAGACCAACUUUUAAAUCUUUAGUUUUCGAAAAAUGGCAAGGUUUUCUGGUUGACUUUUAGAAAAUUUAGCUCACCAGAGCGUUUGAAAAGUUUUGAAGUUGAUCUAUCUAUUUAGCCUUCUAAAACAUAUGGACAACGGUCAAACGAGCGUCGGGGUUGAUAUUCUUCUCAAGUUCGAAAUCAACUCUUAUUGAACUUUAGUGAAAGUUUCUGUAAAUUUUCCGUGGAAAUAAGAGUCAACUGUUUUUAAUAGCUUAAAAAACUGUAUUCCAAACUCAAAAAUACUUCUUCGAUCCCGGGAGCAGAAUUUUCGUGUUGAUCAUUUUUGAGAUGUCACAGUCUUAAAUGGAGCUCAUUUCAGGCCACGUAAAAAAUUUGUCAUUGCUUCAAACCGGUCAAGAACCUGACCCGUACGUGAAGACCUACGUCAAGCCAGACCUCCAAAACUUCGCUAAAAGAAAGACACAAGUCGUGCGUGGCACGAGAAAUCCAACUUUCAAUCAAGAGGUAUACUAUAUUAUUCGAAAAGCAAAGUUCAGUUUAUUUGCGCGAUAAGUUUACGAAGCAGCUUUUAAACUCAGAAAAAGAAACUCUGCGGUUUAUAGCUCCAGAAGUUUAUGAUUAAUGAAGUUUGGACUUGAACUUGCUGCGAAUUCGAUAAGUUUGAAUCUUUGUAUACCAAAGAUAAUGAGAUCACUUGUGGGGAAAUGUUAACAUGAACUUUAAAAAAAAUUGUAUGAAAAUGUUUCAUUGAUCUACAGUUGAUUCGUCCAGACUUCAAGUCCGGAUGUGUUUAGUAAAAUCUCCCAAAGGAAUAUUCAAAAAAAUUAUUUUUUUGGAAGAGGAAAAAAAUCUCUUGAUCUAAAAAAAGGAAGAGUCCUUAAAUUGAGCCUAACCUGAGAAUGUUUUUAUUCAUAGGCAAAUGCGGAAGGAUAUUCUCGGACUCACCCUGACUCCAUAAUAGUUCCGAAAUAGAAUCUGAAAAAGUAUCUUUCUCUUAUAAAUAUCUGCAAAAAUGAAGAACUUAUUUGCAAAAAUGAAUAUCUUCUAAAUCUAUCUCUUGUCCGUUGAUGAACAAAAAUUCGAGAGUCACCUGAAAAUACAUAAACUUGCGCCAUAAUUCCUAAGUCGAAAAUUAGUACUUAUUCAAGAAUUUACGUUCAGCUGACCUACGAAAAGUUCCCUGAAAGCCUUCUGACGACCCGAGUUCUUGAAGUGAGCGUCUGGAACAACGGCAACCUGAAGGACAAUCAUAAAAUGUACAUGGUGUGCAUCCCAUUGCAGCGUUUCAACAACGUCAAGGCCGGCCGGAAGACUGACCGCGUACUCGAGGGCUGGUUCCAGUGCGAGAAGCACAUUUGA